CAGGAGGCCCGUUGCCUUCCACCCGUCUUUACAAUCCACGAAGAAGAAAGUCAGCGCGGAAGAAGGCGUGUACGGUGGCCUCUCUGGCUCAACGAAUAAAAUACCCCAGUGAUUAAUAACCCAAUUUUUGUAAUUGUUGCCCACAAAACAGCAACCGUGCCCCGCCGCGCCCCCACGCCCAGCGGCGCCGUCAUGUGGCAGGAGGCCCGCAAGCACGAGCGCAAGCUCCGUGGCAUGAUGGUCGACUACAAGCGACGUGGCGAGCGCCGCCGAGAGUACUACGAGAAGAUUAAAAAAGAUCCGGCCCAGUUCCUUCAAGUUCAUGGGCGAGCCUACAAGAUUCAUCUGGAUCCUGCUGUGGCUCUGGCGGCCGAGGCUCCCAUCAAUAUGAUGCCUUGGCAAGGUGACACCAACAACAUGAUUGACAGGUUUGACGUGCGGGCUCACCUUGACUACGUCCCCACCUACACACCUCCACUGAUCACCACACCAACCCCAGAGCAGGAGAUGGAGGAGAGGAAGUGCAAUUAUGAGCGCUACAGAGGCCUAGUGCAGAACGACUUUGCCAACAUCUCAGAGGAGCAGUGUUUGUACCAGAUCUACGUGGAUGAGCUCUAUGGUGGCCUACAGAAACCAAACGAGGAAGAGAAGAAAAAGCUGGCUGAGAAAAAGGUUGCUAUUGGUUACACAUAUGAGGACAGCACUGUAACAGAACCUGAUCCCGCCUCAGACAAAGACGAAGACAAUUCGGAGAACAGCGAGUCUGAAGAGGAUGAGGUCAUCCCAGAUAUCGACGUGGAGGUUGACAUCGAUGAGCUGAAUCAUGAGCAGGAGACGGAGCUCAACAAAACCGCCACUCCCUACGGAAUGGCCGAAGGAGACUUUGUCAGGAUGUUGAGGAAGGACAAAGAGGAGGUGGAGGCCAUCAAGCAUGCCAAGGCGCUGGAGGCGGAGAAAGCUAUGUACUCUGGCCGUCGAUCUCGCCGACAAAGGCGAGAGUUCAGAGAGAAAAGACUAAAAGGACGACAAAUCAGCCCACCUAGCUACGCCAGGAGAGAUAGUCCAACAUACGAUCCUUACAAACGGCCAGAGUCAGAAUCCAGCUCUGAGUCACGCUCGCGCUCUCGGACCCCCGGUCCAGAGAAGAUCACCUUCAUCACCAGCUUUGGAGGCAGUGACGAUGAAACGGCAGCGGUGGCACAAGCCACUGCCCCCCACGCCGCCGGCCAUGGCUCCUCCAACGUGCAGCACCCCGCAGGUCAUAGCAGGGGCUCCCGGAGACGAAGGUCCUCGUCCAGUCGUUCCCCUUCAUACUCUUCCUCCGACUCUUCAUCACGAUCCUCCUCUUCAUCCAGCCGUUCACGCCGCCGAGCGCGGCGAGGAAGGGACGGCCGCCGUUCUCGGACCCACUCCCGCUUGAGACGACAUUCUCGGUCGUACUCGCGUGACCGAGGAGGGUCGCGUAGGAGACACGAGCGGACACGGUCUAGAUCGCGACCCAGAGAGCGAGCGAGAGACGGGGAGAGGAGACGCUACUCUUCAAGGAGACGAACGAGAUCCCGCUCCAGCUCACGGCAGGGGGGUUCCUCUCGGCGAAGCAUCCGCAGCAGCGGCGGUCACCGGCGGGGCGAAAGCGGCAGUGGCAGUCCCUCGCCAUCCCCUGGACGCCUCAACCACAGCCCCUCACCUGACCAACGAGGACCCCCUCUUUCUGCUAACACAGUUACCGACAAACUAAGAAAGCCUGAUACAGCGGGUGGUAAAAAGACGGGAGCUGCCAAAUCCAAGCUGACGCCACAGGAGAAGCUCAAGCUCCGUAUGCAGAAGGCCCUCAACAGGCAGUCCAAGGCGGAUAAGAAAGCCGCCCAGGUGAAGAUCCAGCAGCAGGAGAACAAACGACAGGAGCGAGAAGGAGAACUACGAGCCAUGGCACGCAAGAUACGCAUGAAGGAGCGUGAGCGACGUGAAAAAGAGCGGGAUGAAUGGGAGCGACAGUACGGACACCAGAGCAGCAACUCGCCCUCUCCCUCCAAAUAUGGCCGAGAUUCCAGCUCAUCUCGAAGGAGGUAUCGGUCUCGGUCUCUGUCUCGGUCUCGCUCCAGGAGUCCGUACAGCAGAUACUGAGUUGAAAUAUCGGGGUGGGGGGAUCGUGAAAAAUAAAGCAGACCAUAGGCCAGUGUGACUGUAUGUUGACACACCAACACCUCAAAC